AUGCAUUUUGAUGGUUCAAGCACGGAAACUUCAGCUGGGGCUGGAGUUGUGAUCGAGUCCCCUGAAGGACAGGUGUUUCGCUUUGCGUGUCAACUUGAUUUCGCUUGCACGAAUAACCAAGCUGAGUAUGAAGCCUUGAUUAUUGGCAUGGAAAUGCUACAAGAAAUGGGGGCUCGGAGGGUAUUGAUAAUUGGAGAUUCACAACUUGUUAUUAAUCAAUUGGUGAAAGAGUUCAAAUGCACAAGUUGGUCAUUACUACCAUAUUACGCCUUAGCAGACCAGUUAGCUGAGGCUUUUGAUAGGGUAAGUUUUUGCCACGUAUGGCAUAAAGAUAACUUUGAUGCCAAUGAAUUGGCACAGCUUGCUUCAAAUAUGAGUUUGACAAAAAGUGAGGAAAAUCAAACCAUCAAGAUAUCAAAGAGAACAAUGCUGGCCUUGCAUGAGCGUGGUGUGCCAAUGGAGAUUUUUGUGGUUACUGUGGACCCAUCUGAUUGGAGAUAUCCCAUCAUUAGAUUCCAUGACAACCCAGAGGGCAGCCAUGACCAUAAAACAAAGUAUUUGGCUCAAAAUUUUGUUCUCUACAAAGACCAGUUAUAUCGUCAAACUGCAGAUGAUUUGUUGCUAUUAUGUCUUGGAGGGCAGGAUGUCAUGAAUGUGAUGCAUGAAGUGCAUGAAGGAAAUUGCGGAGCUCAUCAAGCUGGAAUAAAAAUGAGUUGGUUAAUUUGA